AUGGCUGCGCUUCGGAGCGCGCUUCUCUUCGGAGCCUUCCAGGGUGAGGCCCUGGGGCUGGUCUUUGGCAAGCUCGGUUCAAGCCAGCCUCAGGAUGUUGCAAAUCGCGGCUUCGACUACAGACAGAUUGCACGAUCCUUGAUCGGGAAGGCGCAAGACUUGACACCAGAGGCCUGCGACCAGCAGUGCCUAGCAAAUCCCGACUGCGUCUCCUGGCAGGCACCCAUCGGUGGCGGGUGUGACGGCUGCUACCAGAUGCGAAACUGGCCGGAGAUCGGCGAGAAAUCCGGCUGGUUUGCGCGCGUACUUGAGUCUUGUCAGCAGGCAGAGGUCAGCAUGCCCACAACCACAGAGGGCUGCAAGGAGUUCUUGCUGUCGGCAAAUGGUGGGGCGCCGGAGUCGGACCUGAAUCACAGCAUCUACAAUAGGUGUGGUGAGAUGCUUCGCAGCACGGACGAGGCCAAGGGCAUCGCUGUGCUGGGCCAGCACUGGCCUGUUUCGUUAGUCUACAACUUCCGUGAUCCCUCGAUCUCUGUUCCACCGGAGAUAGAGGAGCAAUGGAAGGGAAGUGGAAACGCGGUGAAGCAAUCCGCAUACCAGGAGCCAGGGGGUCCUGGAUCCGUGACUGCGGAGUUGCACAGCUCCACAAACACGGAGGCUCACGGCAUCAUGCAGAUGGGCACCAUGAACCCCAUGCAGAACUACCAGAUGCAGGCGCUCCUGCGUCCAGGUGAUGUCGUCGUGGAUGUGGGCGCCAACCUAGGAGCGGAGCUGGGAGAAAACGCAGAUCACACGCAGCGCCAUGCGCUGUAUCGCCCGCAUGAGGUGUGGACCUUCAACGUGGCCCUCGGAGAGCGCAAGCAACGGUUCUUCGGCCGUCCGCCGCAGCUUCGCUUCUUCAGCAGUCCCGGUGGUGUCAAGGUAAACUAUGCUGAGCAAGAUGGAGCUCCGGGUGCACAAGAGAGCAUGCACAUCAACCAGGCGGUGCAGUUGUACGACUUCGAGACUGAUCCGGAAGAGACUCUGAUGGUCACUCUGGACGACUUGCUUUCUGGUCAGACAGACCUCAAGCCACCGCAUGUGAACAGCAUCAGGCUCAUCAAGAUAGAUGUUGAGGGCAUGGAGACGAACGUAGUGCUGGGGGCGAUGAGUGCCAUCUAUCAGUUUAAGCCCAUCAUUUGGAGCGAGAACGAUGACUACUUUGACAGGAGUGACACAAAGUUCUUGGCGAUCAUGGAGCAGUUGGAAUACCAAUGCGCGAAGGUCGAGACUGCUCCCAAAGAUCUCAUGUGCACUGACAAGUAUGGACGUGGUCACCAGGCGCAGGUGAGGCGGAGACAGGAGGAGGAGAAGACUGCGCGGUGGAAUGCUGGCAAUCAUGACAGCACGGAGUUCUUCAGGAAGAUGGGCCAGACUAUGGCAGACACGGAGAGGUACAAGGCGACCUGUCGCAACGCCACCCUUGCAUCACCGUCUCGGCAGAGUGAGGAGAAGGUGAGCCUGGAGUUCGCGGGCAGGUAUAUCGACGUUGCGAAGGCUCUUGCUGACUUUAGCAAUGUUUGCAUCAGCGACGACGCGCAGAGGGGCUUUAAGACCAUCAAUGCGGAGGGCACCGUGGAUGCUCCUCCAGGAUUGCUGCACCUGAAGGACCCGGUGGCAGACGAGCAGCGACGCCAAGCUGAGACAGAGGCCGCCGUUAAGGCCCAAGCCGCCGAUAAAGCGCGGAAGCAGGCACGUAAGCAGGCAACAAAAAAAUUGGAGGACACUGUCGAGGAGGAGCACAGCCAAGAGUUGGGGCCAGGCUCCUCAUCGUCCUUACCAGCAGAGGGCUCUGAAGAGAUAGUGCCGCCUCCACCGCCACCUCCUCCAGCGGAGGACUCAGAGGAGAAGAAGUCCUCCGCAUCAGACAACGAAAACGAUGAUGCCUUCGGAGAGAUAGAGGAGGAGUUCUCUCCAAAGACAGAUAUCGUGGGCCCGGUGAUCAGCAUAGUCGGCGCCCCUGCAGCAAGCGCCACAAACACCAGCAACCCGAACUCGCGAAGAAACUCCAGACGCUCUUCCGAGGAGAGUGACAGCGGUGGGGAUUCCGAAGGAUCCGACCUGCCGGACGACGAUUGGCCGCCGAAGCCGCCCAUCGUGCGCUUCCGGGCGCAGUGUGAGUUCUCCAACCAGUUCAAGCCUGCGGAAGUCAAAGAAGAGCGGCGCCGCUCCAUCCAGCAGGCUCAAGAACGGAGACAGCUGAAGAUCGAGACAGCGGAGGUCAUUCAGGACAUGACGUUGACUUGGGUGAAUAUGUACUUCAAGCUUGACAUCGUGAACCCGCGUGACCUCACGGCGGGCUUUCCAAUCAUCAUCCUGACGAUGAUGGAUGUCAUCUAUCCAAAGAAGGUCCGAUGGCACCAGGUAGAUUGGAACGUUGCCUACAUGCGAGCUUUGGCCCACAAUCACCGAGUGCUGGAGAAGCACUGGAACGAGGUAAAUAUGGACAAAGUGAAGGAUCUGCGCCGGGAUCGCAUCGGCAUGUCCAUUGAGAACACUGCAGAAGCGUCCAUCGAGGAUAAGCUGCACUUCUUGAAGCAAGUGAAGCGCUGGUUUGACUGUCGGGUCCAGCACUCUUCAGCCUACGACCCCAUCAAGCGCAGGACCGAGGUGGAGAAGCAGAUCCGACUCACCGGGCGCUUGAUGAGGUUUCCAACAUGGAUGCAGUACGACAAAGAGGAAGUUCAAGCCAGCCGGGCCACAAAACCUGAUGCCAAGAAGCGAAGGCCGCAAAAGACAGAGGCAACUACUGAGUAUGAGAAGAUGCCAGAGUUCAAACGUCUUCUGUGGUUCUUGGGGUCAGAGCACCAGACAAUGUGA